AUGCGUCCUUACCACGAGCUCUUCCCCCUCCUUCUCUGUCCAUCCGGGGCUGAGAUGGAAGGCAGAGAAGACGGCGGUGUCACAGGUCGGUUUGGACAGAGUGGCGAAUGCCUGUCCCCCAGGCAGGCUGUGGCAGAGCAACCCUGCAGAAGAGGCUCCCUGAGGAGGCGUCUGUCUGUAGAAGCAGUGGGUGCAGAGGCUGACGUCUGGCUCCGAGUUGUCCUCAGCUGGAAGAGACAGGCCCGGGCCCAGCACAGCCAGCAGCCAGACAGCCGCAGCAGCUGCACUGACGGCAGUAGGACACAGCAUGUUGGGGAAUCUGGAAUGUACGAAAACCACACCAAAGACACCAACAACUGCAACGAAGGCCUUCUCAGUGAUGAAAAGAGAAAGCUUUUCCAUGCUAUUAAAAGAAUCAAGCACGAGGUAGAUGAAUGCAGAGAAGCAGAGAUAGAGACGCACAUAGAGUCAGUGCAAGUAGAGAACAGUUUUGACGCCCUGGAGCGAGAAAUCAGAGCCGAGUUUCAGAACCUCCAUCGUUUCCUGGAUGAGGAGGAGUGUAAGGACCUGGAGCGACUGAGCAGGGAGAGACAGAAACAACUGAAGCAGCUGAAGGAAAGAAACAAGAAAAUAACAGAGCAAGGGAGAGACCUGGAUAGAGCAAUCACGGUGCUAAACAGCAAACUGGCUGAGGAGAACAGUCCUACACUGCUCAGAGAAAUCCAAGAUCUUAUAAAAAGGCAGGUUUUAUUUACCUAA